AUGUCUGAAGCCGAGAUAAUCGAUAUUCCAACAGCGGAACACUGGAAGCAAUGGAAACAAUUAAUUACAGCGGAAGGCUGGUGCGGGUUCGAUGACACGAUGCUAACGCUCUUUCCAAUAUCAGAGAAUGUAAAAAUGGUAGUAGCGGUUGAUAGUACAGACAAAUCCUUCCUCGGCUCGAUAGUGUGGGCAGAAAACGACGAUCUCAUUUGCAUUGAUACCUAUUACGUGAAAGCAAGUAGUCGAGGCCGAGGGGUCGGGCGAAAAAUGUGGAAACGAAUGAAGGAGCGGCUCGACCUGAAAAAACCGAUGAUGCUCAAGGCAGAAGACAACAUGAAAUCCAAGUACAUGUCUGAGGAAUUCCCAUGUUUGGGCCCCGCGCAAACUUGUGUCGAGCCGAGGAAGGAUCAGCUUUUGGAGGCUGCUCGAAGGCUACAAAGUCCAACGAUCGAGAAAUCAGAAGAGCUACGCUACGUAUCAAUCCAGAAACUUAACGGCAUCGAUCUAGAGGCGUUCUAUAAUUUUGAUAGAAAGGCAACGGGCCGACAACGCCGAAAACUGCUCGAUGCCCUCUUCAAAUUACCUUGCGUAACCGGUGGCGUGCUGUUGAACGAGCUCGGGAAGGUGGUCGGCUUCUCGAUGGUCGCCACAGCAAUUCCGGAAGGGACUUACAAAUUGGCGCCCCUGUAUGCUGAAGAUGAUAAUGUAGCUGGGAGGUUAAUCGAGGAGAUUAUGGGCGAAGUCGAUUCCGGAGACCACGUCAUCCA